CAAUAAGGGAAUUAGGUUGCCACCACAAUGCCAAAGAAGCACUUGCUUGGAACUUUUUUUUUUUUUUUCUCUCGUUGAGUAUUAGGCGAUCUAACGGGUUCAGAUCUUGUAUUCUUUUUUUCUUUUGUUUUGGGAAGUUUUUAGUUUUUUGGGACCUUUGUAAGAUCCUGUGAGCUUCUCGGAGGGUGAAUUGGUGGCAUCGACACGCUACUCUGAUCCGACGAGCUGAAAAGUUUUUUUAUCUUUCUUUUAAAAUCUUUUUUUCCCAUCGUGUUUUCGUUUGUCCGUGGUGUCUUAACUUUGUUUUUGUAUGUAGCACGAUUCAAGAGCAACGAGCUGCAAAAUCUAAGCUGCAGGAGAUUAAUGAGAGGAAGGAACGACGGAGGCGUUCCAUGCAAGCAGCUGGAACACAAGUUGUUGAUUACGACGACGAAGAUAUUCCAGAUGAAGAGAAGCUUGGGUUGUCCAAUUAUCUUUGGCAGUGUGCAAGGUAAAUGCACUUGUGUGCAGGCGGUGGAUCUCUUAGAAAUGCUUCAAAGGGAGGAAACAAUGCGGAAGGAAAACGACGAGGAUUUGCUCAAGCCGUUCUUGAUGAGAGACACGUCAAAGCCGAGGCCGGAGGCCAUCACCAAGUUAAAGGUGUUGAGACCAGUCACCUGUGCAACUUUUGCCCGGGAUGCAAUUGAAGGGAGAGCAAAUAUUUCGGACGGUGCCAACCAACCGCUGUUUGGCCCGGCCAGUCUGGAUGGCAGCAGCAUAACAGAGCGACUUGCAGCGCAGAUCUUCCAACCCAGUCACAGCUUGCCAACCAUGAGCACUGAGCAGGCGAGGCUGAAAGAGACGGAGGUGAUGCGGAAGUUGCAAGAGAGAAACCAGCAGUUAUUCCAAGUCGACCAGGGCUCAAGGACGGGAGUGACGAUGAGGCAGCGGAGCAGAAGCAGCGAGCAUUGGACGAUGGAAGGAUGAAAAUCCUCGUGGCUCUGGCAACAAGAAGUUGACGCCUUGCGGAUGCUCGAUCUGUAGGGGACUGUGUACUUGCGCCAUGAGUGAGAUUGAACUGCUCACCUGUCCUCGUACACUGCGGAUUUGAUAUGGUUGCAGCAGCAACAGCAGCAGCAGCAG